AUUUCUGGUUACACUUUAAAUCCAUGAUUUAAAUCUUUAAUCUAAUUAAUUUUUUUUGCUAAAACGAAAAGAAAUGCUUUUGGAAAGACGUGUUUGACGAUGUAAGCCAAAUCACAGAGAUUGAGAACAAGCUGCCUGUAGGCUGUAGCUGCUCCUACUUAUAUUUGCCCUGAAAUUUUGAUUCCUGGGUUGAUCUGGUUUCAGCUUUUUGAGUUAGAGAGAGAUAUGGAGGAUGGUUUGUGUCAGUGGAGUGUGUUCAGAUCUCUGUUGGCUAUUCUUCAGUGGUGGGCUUUCAACGUUACCGUGAUUAUCAUGAACAAGUGGAUCUUUCAGAAACUGGACUUCAAAUUUCCUCUAACAGUGUCAUGUAUUCACUUCAUAUGCUCAUCCAUUGGAGCAUAUAUGGUGAUCAAGGUGCUGAAACUUAAACCCUUGAUAAUGGUUGACCCUGGAGAUAGAUGGAGAAGGAUAUUUCCCAUGUCUUUUGUGUUCUGUAUCAACAUUGUGUUGGGGAAUGUGAGUUUACGCUACAUUCCAGUUUCUUUUAUGCAGACAAUUAAGUCAUUCACUCCAGCAACUACAGUUGUUUUACAGUGGAUGGUUUGGAGAAAGUACUUUGACUGGCGAAUUUGGGCUUCUUUGGUACCCAUAGUUGGGGGAAUACUUCUCACAUCUGUCACAGAGCUGAGUUUUAAUAUGUUUGGAUUUUGCGCAGCAUUAUUUGGAUGUUUGGCCACAUCUACAAAGACUAUCCUUGCAGAAUCUCUGCUUCACGGAUACAAAUUUGACAGCAUAAACACAGUGUACUAUAUGGCACCGUUUGCUACAAUGAUCUUGGGAUUUCCAGCAUUGUUACUAGAAGGAAAUGGGGUUUUGGAUUGGCUUAACACCCACCCUGCUCCUUGGUCUUCCCUCAUCAUCAUUUUGAGCUCUGGGGUGCUGGCAUUCUGUCUGAAUUUCUCCAUCUUUUACGUGAUUCACUCCACAACGGCUGUCACAUUUAAUGUAGCGGGAAAUCUUAAGGUUGCAGUUGCCGUCUUGAUUUCCUGGUCGAUAUUCCGGAAUCCUAUCUCAGGUUUGAAUGCUGUUGGAUGUGCUAUUACACUUGUCGGAUGUACAUUCUACGGAUACGUGAGACACUUGAUUGCUCAGCAGCCACCACCGGGAACUCCAUGUACACCGCGAACACCAAGGAAUAGGAUGGAACAACUACUUCCCCUUGUAAAUGAUAAAUUAGACGAUAAGGUCUAGUUUUAAGAGGGCAUACGUGAGGAGAGGAGAGGAGAGAUUUUUAAAUUAAACAAAUUAGAGUUAUUAUUAUGGUAAAUUUUAUUUUAUUUUUA